AUCGUCAAGUAUUCUUUUUCUCUUCAUAGCCUACCAUGGCUCCCAUUCACUUGCUAUUUGCCGCUGGCCUUCUUGCUAUUGCUAGCAUCGCCGAAGCUCGUAUAGACAAGAUUCAGGUUAACCAAUGGAACGUUCCUGGCUGCAAGGGGCACACUUCCAGUCCCCAAUUCGAAUUACAGGCUGGCGAAUGCUGGUCACUCAUGGCACACAGUAUCAAAGUCCAAGCUCCACACAAUGAGUUGAAAUACUUUGGCUGGUUCCGUGAGCUCAGUGAUCUUAGCUACAGCUGUGGUGUCCAGUAUUUCAGUGACCCGGACUGUAGGAUUACCCGCCAACCUACGCCUGGACCGGAUGGGAAAUACAGGGAUACCGAUUACGGAGUCGCCGCACUACCUUGGAAACUCACCAAGUGUGUCAGUCCGGAGGACAGAGGACGCAUAAUUCGUUCCAUUAAAUUCGUGUGUCCUCAUCCAUUCUACCAGAGUCGCCCAAAGGAUGUCAAGACAAAGGUGGGCGGUGUUCCACUUGGACCGUUGACAAUCGGAGGUGUUAACGUGAAAGGUGUGAAGCUCUUGACACAGACUGUACUCAAACCCUUGUGGACCACCGAUCCCACCGGCGGAGCCGUCAUCGUACCAACGACACAAUUCGUCACUGAGCUUGCCUCCGAGAGGAGUCUCCCAACACUUAUGCCGCGUGCCCGACGCUCCCGGUACGUAUGGAUGCUGAACCCUUUCAACGGUGCCGAUGUGUGCUACAUAUGUUGGCAAAAGCAUGGUGUCCACUUCGAAUGCGAAUCGGGCUUGGAUACCGUGGAGCGCGAGUGUGGACAAAAUCCCAGGGAUAACUUUAGAACUAUACCUGUCGCCACGACUACGCAAUUCGUCAGAAUAACAGAAGUACCAAGACCUGUCGUUCAAGUCGCAACGAAGCAGGCCGCGACGAAGCAAGUCGCAGCGAGGCAGGCAGUUACAAAGCGCGGAACUCUGAAGAAAAAGGUCAUGAUACAAGAUCCAUUUUUGCCGAGUAACACUUGUGCCACUGUCAAAUGGAAGCACAAUGGUAAACAUGCUCAGAAGCUAGUCAUCAAAGGACCAAGGAGCUGUCCCAAGAAUGGCAAAAUCGCCUACCCGAUCUGGAUCAAUCGGGCCAUAUUCAUGAAUGGAACUGCGACUGUCGUGCAGCCGGUCCCCGCAACCACACGUUUCACGAUGACGAGAGUUGUGGAAGUGACUGCUGGUCCUCUACCAACGCACACUAUUUACGUGCGAAACCAAAGCUCUGGAUGA